GCUAAUGUUAGCAAGCAUAAGGGGCUCGAGGAGACGGAUUUGUACCACGACUCGUCUACGUUAUUGGAGAAAAAUGGUGAAAAUCUGUUGAACCGUGGUUGCGCCGUCGGGCACGACUUUGCAGCGAGGACAAAAGUGUUGGACUGUGAGAAAAAAUGAUUAAGUGCCAGGAAUAGGCCUAACAGCAGUCAGGACCUUAUUGAAGGACUAAAUCAAGAACUUGUGACUCAGAGGGAGCAUGUGUGAUGAUCUGCUAUUCCUUGCUCAGCCUGCAGCAAACCCAGCGUGUCUGAGAUGAGUGGUCCUCUGUGGUGCCCAGCCACUGUCCCUGCCUGCUCUUGGCAGUGCUUGGUGGUGUGAGCAGACUGCUCCAUCCUGGCAUCCACGGGAGCGUGGAAUGGCCUCUUUGGACCUGCCGUACCGUUGUCCUCGCUGUGGGGAACACAAACGCUUUCGGAGUCUGUCGUCUCUACGCGCCCAUCUGGAGUACAACCACACCUAUGAGACCCUGUAUGUGUUGUCCAAGUCCAACAGCGUAUGUGAUGCCGCUGCGCUGCUCCCCCUAGUGGCCGACGGAGCCCUCACCGCCGAAUCUCGUUUUCCUUACCGCGAACUGCCCUGCUCUGGAGAAGAGCUUGGGCUUACGCCUUCAUCUACCGCUUGCUACCUGCCCAAUGUGGAGUUUCCUCUGGGCGAGAUCCUGGUGAAGACAGCUAUGAGCUCCGGUGACACCUUCUCUUCCACAGGGAACAAUGCCGUGGCAGUGGCUGCUAACGUGGCCGCUAGUGCGGUGGAGGCGGCUUAUGAAGAGGGUCUGGCUCGGUUGAAAGCUCGAGCAUUUGAGAGACUCGAGCUAGACGAGAGGCUUGAGAAGUUGUCGGAGGAGGUGGAGCAGAAGAUCGCAGCACGUGUUGGCCGUCUGCAGGCGGAGCUGGAGAGGAAAAGCUUGGAGCUGGAAAAGGCAAAGGUGGAGAGUGAGAGGCUCAGUCAGGAGAAGCAAGACCUGGAGGACAAGGCCACAGAGCUUUCACGGCAAGUGGAUGUGUCUGUGGAGAUGCUGGCCAGCCUUAAGCAGGAUCUGGUUAACAAGGAGCAGGAGCUCUCACACAAACAACAAGAGGUGGCCCAGAUUGACCAGUUUCUGCAGGAAACGGCUGCACGUGAAGCCAAUGCUAAAGUGCGUCUUCAGCAGUUCAUCGAGGAGCUGCUGGACCGGGCCGACCGUGCUGAGAAACAGCUCCAGAUCAUCAGCAGCUGUGCCACCACCCCCAAUGGCAGCCUGGGACACUGCAGUCUGCAGGGAUCCAAACCUAAUGGACGACAGAGAAAUUCCAGUAUCUCUGGGGCAUCAAGGGGAAUGUACCAAGUGUCCGAUCGACGUUCCUCCCCCAGCACUGCCGCAUCAGGACGAGGGAAGUCUGUGUCCCAGGGUUCAGGAGGUUACGACAGUGACAGUGUGGACCUCCAUGCUCUGGAGGACUGCCCUGAUGCUCAGUACUACCACGUCCAGUGCCGACUCGGGGAAGGAGGUGGAGGAGGAGGAGGAGGAUAUGAAAGAGCGGCUGCUUCCCGGAACUGGGGUCUCCGCAAACAGGCCAUCCAGAACUGGCAGCGCCGGCCGUACCGGCACAGCACAGAGGGAGAGGAGGGCGACGUGUCUGACGUAGGAUCCCGCACCACUGAGUCCGAGGCUGAGAUGUGGGAGCAAGACAGGAGAGCAGAGAGCCAGCACGGGGGAAACCGAGGAGGAUACAGACUAGCUACAGGUCAUUCUGAAGGGGGAUACAAGCCUUGUCGCCCCUCCAAAGUCAACGAUGUGAUAAGUCCUGAGGUGCUGAAGAUACGUGCCGCUCUCUUCUGUAUCUUUACCUACCUGGAUAUGAAGACACUCCUGUGUGCGGCCGAGGUGUGCCGGGAUUGGAAGUUUGUGGCUCGUCACCCGGCGGUGUGGACCAGAGUGCUGCUGGAGAACGCUCGCAUCUCUUCAAAGUUCCUGUGCACUCUGGCUCAGUGGUGCACACAGACGCAUUCCCUCAUCCUCCAGAAUCUCAAACCCCGGCAGAGAGGCAAAAAAGAGACAAAGGAGGAAUAUCUGAAGAGCACGCGUGGCUGUCUUGAGGAGGGUCUGGAGGCUUUGUUGAAAGCGACUGGCAGUAAUCUGCUCAUCCUGAAGGUGUCUCAUUGUCCGAAUCUAUUGACCGAUCGCUCUCUGUGGUUGGCGAGCUGUUAUUGCAGGGCUCUACAGGCUGUCACAUACAGGAGUGCGACAGACCCUGUUGGACAGGAAGUUAUCUGGGCAUUGGGAGCUGGUUGUAGAGACAUCAUCUCACUACAGGUGGCACCUUUGCAUCCAUGUCAGCAGCCAGCACGCUUCAGUAACAGGUGCCUGCAGACCAUUGGCAGAUGCUGGCCACACCUCCGAGCGCUGGGUGUGGGCGGAGCUGGUUGUGGCAUACAGGGAUUGGCUUCUUUGGCGAGGAACUGCAUGAGGCUCCAGGUUCUAGAGUUGGACCACGUCAGUGAGAUCAAUCAGGAAGUGGCUGCUGAGAUGUGUCGAGAGGGACUGAAGGGUCUGGAGAUGCUGGUGCUCACCUCCACUCCUGUUACUCCUAAAGCUCUGCUUCACUUCAACAGUGUGUGCCGUAACCUGAAGUCUAUUGUAGUCCAGAUCGGAAUAGAAGAUUACUUUGAAGACCCUAACAGUCCCGAGGCCAGAAAACUCUUUGAUGAAAUGGUGAACAAGCUGCAGGCACUCAAAAAAAGACCUGGUUUCUCCAAAAUCCUCCAUGUGAAGGCUGAUGGCUUGUGCUAACUCUGCUGUGUUUGAGGCCAGAGCCACGUAAAGGUUCACUGAAUAUUUCAACCUAAUCGAUUCAUUCUCUCUUCAAAGAAACGAGAAAGAAUCAAACACUUCAGCUUCAGUUUGAACUUUAAACACCAGUCUACCACACCAAGACGGGCACAUCUGUCAGCUUUGAUAUGACGCAACCAAAUAGAGGAGACAAUAUGAAAAAACUCUACGAGAAGGCAUAAUUACUCGCCAUGGAUGCCGUUCCAACAGUCACCCAAUUACAGACUAAGGCUGUGUCUCCUGCUUGCCAAACGCACUAAACUUUUAAUAAGAUCUCAGAGAACAUGACGUCUCUCUUCAGAGCACAGACCUGCAGGAGGGAGCACUCUCGUGUUCCUUUAAAAUCAACGUGAAAUCCAAACAGCACAAAUAAAAAAUGCACAUGGGUAAGUUAGUAAUGUUUGAAGUUCAGCAAAGAGACGCAUUCAUUCAUUAGUCGUCACUUAAGAGCCAGCCAUAUUACUAGGACAGAUAUCAACAUAACGUAAUCACCAGCUUCAGACAUGGCUUAGAGAGACUAUAUUUAGGGGAAGCCAUGUCUCCACAGAAGUUACUUUUACCUGCAGUUAUCUUGUGUCCUUAAGCGCAAGUUGAAACCGAAUGAAGAAGCUGUUUGUGUCCGUCCCUCCAGUCCUUUAACCAAAUUCCCAAGGCAAGGGAUUGUUUCUCAUCAUUGGAUCUGUUGUUCCACACAGAUUUGCAAUGCCUUCUCCAUAAUGUGCCAUCCAUAGCUUCGACAUUUUGUUUUUAAGGUUGAAUUUUAGUCAUACCCAAUGUGCCAUUAGUCUAAAAGGUGUUAAGUCAUACCAUACAAGGUAUGCACUUACCUAAAGGAAAGAGACAAGCUCAUGGUGCUGUCAGUCCAGUGUAACCCUACUGUUUCACCUCUCUUCCAUCACUUACUGUUCUGUAGAACUCAGGCUGGUGCAGCUGAAGGGAUCAUUUCUCCAUCUGCUCUGCUGAUUUCAGAUGCUACUUUCCAUGUUCUAAAGGUAGACGCCGCUGAAUGGAGAAUUCUGAUUCUGGGUUCUGAAUGUACACUCUGAACAGUUGAAGAGAAGGGAUAAAAACAAAUAUAUACAGUUGUUACAUUAGGUUCUUUACAGAAUCUAACUUUGCUUCUAAAAUGUGUAGGUUAGGGUUUGGCUUUGUUUUUUUGUUGGAAAUAUGAAAUAUGUUAACAGUAGCCAUAUUAGGCCAUGUCAGACUACAAAAUUAAAAACUGAUUCAAUAUUUAUAGCCUCGAUUUGUCAAGGCCAGUAUUUUUUUCUUUUGUUUUUAAAAGAAAAAACGUUAUUUAUGGUAUAUUUUGGUGCAUUUUUAAGUGGAUGGUAUGACAUGUCAGGUUUUGCGUUCUGUUGGUUUGCUCUAGAAACAAGUGUUUUAGCUGGAAGUCAGUCAUACAAAGAAACUAGAAUAUGCCAUUCUCGUUAAGUUUCUUUUUAAAAAAACAUGCUGAUGCAAUAAUACAGAUGCAAGUACUGGUCUCGACCUCUCUCAGUGAUGUACCGUUACCCAUCAGGCAUUACUGCUCCCCUUGGCCAGUCUCUGAGCUGAAAUCACACAGUCCAAAUUCUCUACUCUUUUAAGUGCUUUAGUCAAGGCGAGCACUUCUAUGGUGCAACGUUCUACUUCCUGUCUUAAAACACAUUAAGGGGCUUGAUUUAGCAUGAGAGGAGUAUUCACACGACGGACUGCCUGAGUUUACUUUAGGAUUGCUGUUUAAACUGAGACAUUGUGGACCAAAAUGGAAACUGCAAAACCAUCUUCAAGAAAGAAAAUGCAGAAGUGGGAUAGGGCAACCUACUUCACCCACAACCCCACACAAUGACUUUUGGAGUGCACUGGCACUCUUGUCAUCUGAAGACUUUAAACAAAACAAAACAACAACAAAAAAAAAACUGUAUGUAUAUGUUGUUUCUAUAGGAAGGAAUUACAAACUGUAAAUAUCUGAAAAGCAACCUAAAGAAAGCGAUAACCUGAAGCAUUGACCGGAUCUCCGUGGGUUCCCGUGUGGUGGCCGUACUGACCAGAUGACUUUCAGAGUUCAAAGCUAUUUGCAGUAUGCUGUGUAUGAUAGAAGCUUUAUAUUGAAUGUGUAUCAGAGUCCUAUAGAGAUGGAAAUAAUUUGAAGACAGAGUACAGUUUAUUUCAACUAUUUAUUUCUAUAAAAAGAGAUGUCUAUGAUGAUGGCAUGUUUGUGCUAAAGCAUUCUAUAUAUAUCAUGUUGCCUUUUCAAAUGUUCUGCUGUAGAUGUUAUUAGAUUAAUAGAUCUGAGUGCUCUGGAUUAUUGCUUGCUGCCUUUCAUUUUUAGACUGAGCAACCGUUGCACCAUUAUUAUGAUAAAAAAGUAACUGCUAAUGUUUAGUAUUAAGCCGUUGGUGUUCUAUUUUGUUUAUGUAGAGGCUCUUUAAAGAAUCUGACAUAUGUAAUGCACUUUUUUUUUUUUAUCAGAGCACUUCUAGUGCUCUGUGAUGGUUGGUUUCGUAUAAUUAAUGUGCAAUUCCUUUUUUCCUAAGCUUUGCACCGGAAGACUAUCAGCUUUCCGUUCCUCACGUGAACUGUCCAUUUAAUAGUUUUUUUAUGAAGCCCUCCCUGUGGUCAUAUUUAAUGCAUAGCAUUAACCUGCAACAUAAAAAUAAAAAGCAAAAUAAAUAUAUAAAUAUAAUGGCUUGGUUAUGUCAAAACAUUUUUUGAUCACAUUUUAUUUUUAAAAAAAAAGGUAUACUUGAUUUGCUUUAAACUAGGUGUUAAAAGUGACAGUGUGCCGGGUAAUAGUGUGUGGACCGAGCACUUUGAAUAUUACAUUUUAUUUGACUAAAAAUAGAUUAAA